AUGGACUCGAUAUCAACUCUCAAAGCCAGAAGCUCAUCUAUUCUCAACGUCCGUGACGACUCUUCAACUACCACCAUGUCAAAUUCCAUGGUUGAUCUUCUUAUCGCCUUGAUGGUGCUCGUAUUCGUUGGGCUCGUAUUAACUGGUGCUCUGUAUGUUGUGCGCAAGCUUCGCCGAAACAGAGCCGUUGCUCGUCAGCAAUUACCCUUACACAACGAGCCACCAAAGUCAAAUCACCGCCGAUUGACUAUUACGGCUACCCCCUAUGGCGGCCGCGGUUCCACCAUCCAUGUCUAUGAUGAGAAGUCAUCCAUGAUGGCCUCAGACCGUGCACCACUCUCCCCCGAAGACGUUCCUGAAAUUCGCAUCACUUUCCCCGAUGAGCAUGAUGAAUCCACAGGACAUAAGAAGAGCGGUCGCGUGGUUGUCGUCAGAGUUGGGGAAACUGGCGUUGGCCUUGAGCCUUUGAAGGACCAAGAUCAACUACCCGCUUACGAAAAGGAAACUGGAGGUACCAGAUUUCAAUCCAUCGAUAUGGACCGAAUUGGUGGUUUGAAGGAAAAGGAGAGCUGGUCAUAA